AUGAACGUUCGUAGUCUCUUAAUCUCGCUGCUUGUCUCGCUCGUGCUUUUCUCUAUUCAAAUCAUUGUUUUUUCUUUACUGCGGAAGCGUUUCAGGGAAAUAUACGAGCCUAAAGCUUUUAGUGUACCCCAACAAAUGAGAGUUACGCCUCCACCCUCUAAAAUUUUCGCUUGGAUCCCUGCCACAUUGAAACAACCUCUUGAAAGUGUCAAACAAAAUUCUGGGCUCGAUGCCUAUUUCCUAUUGCGUCUCAUAAUCUUUUUACUCCUGUUAAACUGCGGAAUUGCAGCUAUCAUGGCGCCUGUGCUGCUUCCCCUCCACAUACUCGGUGGUGGUACGGCAGCUACCGCUUGGCUUGCAAAACUCUCAAUAUCAAACAUUUCCGAGGAAAAUAACCGAUUUCUAACAGCCCACUUAGUGCUUUGUAUUUUUACAGUCACAUCCUGUCUUGCUGCCAUUUACUUUGAGCUCCAAACGUAUUAUUACAUUCGAGCGAAAUACACCGUGGAGGAUCACGCUCCGUUGUCUUCUGCCACACUACUUGUCAAGGGAUUAUAUCCCGAAUUUCGCACGCAUGCAGCGGUCCAAUCUUUUUUCGACGGGGUUCCUGGGAAAAUAGUUCGAAUCUGGUUCAACCGAGAUUAUAGCGAACUGUCAAACUUGGUCUCUCAGCAAGAUGCAGUGCUAAGACGGCUUGAGUACCUGGAAACCUGGCUCAUAAAAAAAUGUCAGAAAAACUCUUCACAACCUUCUGAGCCGCCUGGGGAGGAAGUUAUAGAGACUGGUCCUCGCUGGCGUUCUUUUAUCACUGAGUCUAAAGCUAGCUUCUGGACCAAGUAUCAACUAAAUACAUUGGCAUGGUUCAAAAGUGAGCUCAGUCGUUUAAACUCACAGGUUUAUCUGUUGCAAAGUCAAGAGGGAAUGUUCGAGCCAGUCAAUUCCUGCUUUGUGCAGUUUGAAAGUCGUGUAGCAUGCUUCAUGGCUUAUCGUUCAAUUCAUACAUCCCAUGGCCGAGAUAAAAUGACAUUAGGUGUGUCCUAUACUGAUCAGGUUUAUCCAAGUGAUGUGGUGUGGUCGAACUUGAGCAAACCAACAUGUCUGGAACGUGUUUUGCAUGUGACCUCUGCUCUGCUAGACUAUACACUCAUUUUUGGGUGGGCAAUCCCGAUAGCCCUUGUAAGCAUGGUAACUCAAUUGGAAACCUUGUCACAGCUGGUUCCUGAGCUCCAAUGGUUAUUGCAGUUUCCGAGGGUGUCGCGCAUGAUGUCGAGUAUCGUCUCACCACUUGCACUGUCGUGGCUAACAAGUCAAGUUCCGCACAUUUUCCGUGCUUUGGCGAGAUUGAAAGGAUAUCCUACACAAGCAUUGAUUGAAAAGGAUGUACAAAAAUACUACUUUCUUUUCUUGUUUGUCCAAUUGUUUUUGAUUGUAACUUUGGCCACUGGUCUUCCCACAUUGAUUGUUCGCAUGCUGGUAAAUACUAGUGAAGGUGCAAUAUCUCUUGCCAGUAGUCUACCAAGAGCAACAAACUUUUUCAUGUCGUACCUGAUCGCGAGCUGCUUUAUGACAUCAGGUAACGCGCUUUUAAGAAUCGAGACCUUGUCGCGCAGAGCUUGGCAAGGGCUGUGGCACGUGAGUCCAAGAGCCCGUCUAAAAGUAUUUUUACAUUUUAGUUCUAUUCCAUGGGGAAGUGUGUUCCCUCUCCUCACGAAUGUGUGUGCUAUUUCACUCACUUAUGCGCUUAUAAGCCCUGUCAUUCUGUUUUGUGCCGUUAUAGGCUACUGCUUGCUGUUUAUCUCCUACAAGUAUUGCAUACUAUAUUGCCAUGUUCCCAAAAGCAACUCAGAUGGUGAAUACUAUCCUAGAGCUCUUUUUCAGCUUCUAUCUGGAGUCUAUUGUCAGGAGCUCAGCCUGCUGGGAACCUUACUGCUACGAAACUUGCUCGUGCACGCCAUGAUAAUGGCAGGUUUGAUAGCUUUGACCAUCUUUGCAAACUACUACUUAACAUGCAUGUCACUAGACCUCGAUGUCAGAAUGCCCCUUGCUAGCCAAGUACAGUCGCCGAGCUCCAGCAUGACGUCCUCAACCUUCGUAGAGUCCGGUGAUUUUCUCACUUCACCAAGUACAGCUGACGUGGGCGAUCAACUGCACAUUCUAUUUCACAACCUUGAGUACAAUUUCUCCAAGCUAUCAGAGCAUCAACGGAGCUUCAUAUCAGACAAGCUGUACGAGCAUCCUGUUCUGAGGCGCCAAAGACCUUGUGUCUGGCUCCCGCGCGACUCGAAUGGGGUUGCCAAAGAUGAAGUGCAACAACUACAGACCGAUUUCUCAGAUAUGCGAGCCUCCUGUGUUGGCGCAGAUUUGACUGAUAAGGGGCAGAUAGUUCUUCGCCGGUGUCCGCCCGAUUUUGACUUGCGGGAUUUGAUGAGAACAUGA